CGGCCUCGGCUGCGGGGCUGGGCCUAUGGCGGCGACGGCGACGGCGGUGGCGGUGGCGGCGGGGGCCGGGGCCGCGGCGGGGGCCGAGUCGGCCGAGGGGCCCCCGGGGCCGGCGGCGGCGCUGGAGCUGUGGCUCAAUAAAGCCACAGACCCAAGCAUGUCAGAACAGGAUUGGUCAGCUAUUCAGAAUUUCUGUGACCAAGUGAACACUGAUUCCAGUGGCUCAACCCAUGCACCUUGGCUACUGGCCCACAAGAUCCAGUCUCCACAAGAGAAAGAAGCUCUUUAUGCCUUAACGGUGCUGGAGGUGUGUGUGAACCACUGUGGGGAGAAGUUCCACAACGAGGUGGCCAAGUUCCGCUUCCUGAACGAGCUCAUCAAAGUGUUGUCCCCAAAGUACCUAGGCUCCUGGACCACAGAAAAAGUUAAAGGAAGAGUCAUUGAAAUACUCUUCAGUUGGACAGUGUGGUUUCCAGAAGACAUCAAGAUCCGAGAUGCUUACCAGAUGCUGAAGAAACAAGGAAUCAUAAAGCAAGAUCCUAAACUACCAGUGGAUAAAAUCUUGCCCCCACCUUCUCCCUGGCCCAAGAGCUCCAUCUUUGAUGCCGAUGAAGAAAAGUCAAAGCUUCUGACAAGGCUUCUGAAGAGCAACCAUCCUGAGGAUCUUCAGGCUGCAAACCGGCUGAUCAAGAAUUUGGUCAAGGAGGAACAAGAAAAAUCAGAAAAGGUGUCCAAGAGAGUCAGUGCUGUGGAGGAGGUACGGAGCCACGUGAAGGUGCUGCAGGAAAUGCUGAGCAUGUACCGCAGGCCAGGGCAGGCCCCGCCAGACCAGGCAGCCUUGCAGGUCGUGUAUGAGAGGUGUGAAAAGCUGCGGCCCACCCUGUUCCGGCUGGCAAGCGAUACCACCGACGAUGACGAUGCGCUCGCGGAGGUUCUCCAGGCAAAUGACCUCCUCACCCAGGGAGUUCUGCUGUACAAACAGGUGAUGGAGGGCCGUGUCACCUUUGGGAACACAGUGGUCCGCUCUUUGGGAGACAUACCUGUCUCCAGAGUCUUUCAGAAUCCAACAGGCCGCAUGAAGAACUGCCCCCUGAUUGACUUGGAGGUGGACAGUGGAUCCGAGCAGGCUGGGACUGUGGCUCCAUCUUUACUGCAUCACGACCUGGCAGCCUUAGGGAUCAGUGAUGGCCCAGUUACCAAAAAGGUUGCGAGUCAGAAUUGCGGUCAGGAAAAGAGGAACCCUACCACCAGCACACUGCCGGGUGGUGGUGUCCAGAGCCCUUCUGCAGAAAGGAACUUGCUGGAUCUCCUCUCCCCACAGCCGUCUCCGGGACCUCUGAAUUAUAUUCCGCAGAAAAGUAUCCCCAGGGAAGUGCCACCAGGUACUAAGUCCUCUCCAGGUUGGUCCUGGGAGGCUGGCCCAUUGGCUUCUUCUCCGUCUUCCCAGAAUACACCUCUGGCUCAAGUGUUUGUCCCUUUGGAGUCUGUUAAGCCCAGCAACCUGCCUCCUCUUAUCGUGUAUGACCGGAAUGGAUUCAGAAUUCUGCUCCACUUUUCCCAGACUGGGGCCCCUGGCCACCCAGAGGUACAGGUGCUACUGUUGACCAUGAUGAGCACGGCCACCCAACCUGUCUGGGACAUCAUGUUUCAAGUAGCUGUGCCAAAGUCAAUGAGAGUGAAACUACAGCCAGCGUCCAGCUCCAAGCUUCCUGCUUUCAGUCCUUUGAUGCCUCCAGCAGUGAUCUCUCAGAUGCUGCUGCUUGACAAUCCACACAAAGAGCCCAUCCGGUUACGGUAUAAGCUGACAUUCAACCAGGGUGGACAGCCUUUCAGCGAAGUAGGAGAAGUGAAAGACUUUCCAGACCUGGCAGUCUUGGGUGCAGCCUAACUCCUCACUGGACAGACCCUGCCAUUCAAGCUUAGGCCAGUGUUACUUUUGCUGUCUAGAUAGGACUAAUCACAGUGAUGUAGUGCAGAGUGCCAAGAGUUCUAUCCUGACAUCAGGCUCUGGAUGCCAACCUCUGACUUAUUCUGCAGAUAUUGUGUGUGUGUGUGUGUGUGUGUGUGUGUGUGUGUGUGUGUGUGGCCCGGGGGCUGAGGGGCAGGGAUGUGGGCGGUGUGGGAAAUGCUAAAGCAUUUCUGAUAACCAUCUGCUACGAUCAUAUCUGGUUUUGCAUGUUGGUGGACACUGAUGUCCCUGCCUCAAGUUGGAGGUUUUAUAAGCCAAAGUUGUUGUUGUUGUUUUCCAUGUAUUAUUAUCUUUUCAUUCAUCACUCUGUGCCUUGUCAGCCUUUGAAAGACUUGGUUGCUCCCAGGCUGCUGUUCUCAGGGACCUUUAAAGGGACCUGGUUGGUCUUGGGGCAGAGUGUCUUCUGGGACACUCUCUUCCAAGAAAGACCUUGUCUCCAUUUCCAUUAGCGAAUGCUGCUUGCAUGUGUUCAGGAAGAUCUUCUAAAUGGAAUGCUUGUUGCACUGUGUUCUAGGCGAGGGGCUGCCACUAGACCAGAGGACCGCGCUUGGUGGGCCAAUCAUGUCCUUCACCACUGUGCCUUAGAAUUGCCCAUAGAUGGACCCUUCAGGGCAGAGGGGAAAGCAGAUCCCAGGCCUUAUUCAGGCCUCAGGUUCCAUGGGUCGGGCAGCCUGUCUGGACCCUUCCUCAGGACCCUCAUCUCCAUCCUCAUCCUCUUUCACCACAAGCAUUUACCCAGAGCUCUUUGAUUGUGACACCAUGCCAGUCGUUGUAAAUCAUAACUAACAGGUUCGCCCUGGCCUGUUGACUUCACAAUCCAGGAUGAAGAACUGUGAUGCAAAUGAGAUACGAAGUGAGUUUAGCAAUGAAAAGUGAUGACUAAAUACAGAAAGUCAUUGAAUAAAUACCCGUGUAGCAAAUACGCUUUGUGGAGUUUUGAGUAAGUAGGAGAUGCAAAGCCUGUUGCAUUUAGAGAUAAUAGGCUUGAAGGGAUCAUUCAUCUGUUGAAGUAAGGAAGACUUCCUGAGGGAUGUGGAACCUUAAGAACUGCUUCAGUGAAGAGAAGCCCUGAGGAUCUGAAUGAAGCUGGAAGAGAGGUGGAUUCUUGUUACAGUCAUGGUGUGAAGGAAGAAUUCAGGCCUGCAGUCAGUUAAUACUGAGCACCUACAAUGUGCUAGGCAUGUGUGCAUGUUUUACAAGUCUUGCUUGGCCUGAUGGAUGGGUGAAGAGAGCUGAGCCUGGCUGAGAUGGCCUGAUGAAGGAUGCAAGAUCCAAGCAGCUCACCUGUCUGGGUAGGAUUCUGCCUCAGAAACUGCAAGGCUCUGUUUGGGGCUCUUUGUCACAGGAUCUGGUACUCUACAGUCUGAUCUUUUACCUGCUACAUAUAGUUGGAAAUGUGCCAGCACUAUGGUGGGGAUGAGAGCUGUAAAAAAUCAAGGUAUGUCACUUUUAAAGCAAAUGUGAAAACUCAUAAAACAGAUAAAUGAUG